CAGUCUCUCACUGUGUGAUUGUGGCUCAGAAAUUAUUUUUCUUUUGGUAAUGAUUGUGCUGGGCUGGAUGCUUUUUGUUGGGCUUUCGGCCUACAUGGGAACAUUUCCAGAGGCCAUGCCUCCAACUCUGAAGUGGAAAGAGAGGUGGCCUGUUCGGGAGAACAAGCUACGACGAAGGAGCCAAGCUGUGGAGGAGGAGCUGCUGUUGUGA